AUUGAUCAAUUUCGUCAGUGUUUUGAUAUGCAUAGAACGUGAAUUUGUAGAUAGUUCUUCAAUUAUUUUUCCAGUAAGAGUAUUUUAAUUAUAUUUUUACAAGUGUUAACAUAUGGGAUUAAACCGUUUCAUAUUUUUAUUUACGAAUCUGAGGAGUUCCAACUUCAACUUAUAUCACAAAAUGAGUAUCGACAUUGGAGGUAUGAGAAUUAGGUAUAAGGAUAAAAAUGAAACCUUUUUGGAAAAACAUUUAGUUGCCAAAGAACCAUUCGGGCAGUUUAAAGCCUGGUUUGAAGAAGCUUGUGGUCGUAAAGAGAUUCUUGAACCUAAUGCUAUGUGCCUGGCAACAGCUACAAGAGAUGGAUACCCUUCGGCACGCUUUGUUUUAUGUAAAGGUUAUGGCAAAGAUGGAUUUAAGUUUUUUACCAAUCAUGGCAGUAGAAAAGCCAAAGAAAUGAGUGAUAAUCCAAAUGUUGCGGCUACAUUUUAUUGGGAAAUCCUGAAUAGAUCUGUAAGAAUCGAGGGCCAUAUUGAAAAGCUUCCUGAAGAGGAAUCUACAAAAUACUUCCAUUCAAGACCUGUACCCAGUCAAAUAGCAGCAUGUGCAAGCUACCAAAGUACACCUAUAGAAUCCAGAGAUAUUCUAUGUGAACGUGAAGCUGUGUUGGAAGCAGAAUACAUGAUACCUGGAAAAGAAGUUCCGAAACCUGAAUUUUGGGGCGGAUACAUAAUAAUACCACGAGCUGUGGAGUUUUGGCAAGGUCAGCGAGAUCGCUUGCAUGACAGAAUAAAAUUCAGAAAGCUUCGGGACGGAGAAAAUGUAGAUGGAAAACUACUGCAUCAAGGCGACGAGGGAUGGGUUUACGAAAGGUUGUCUCCUUAAAUCACAUAUUAUAUUAAGAUCGAUUUAAACACGGGUAAAUGUCUUCCAUUCAAAUAAGUACACAAUUAUUUUAGUUAAUAAAUGGUUUAUUAUAA